UGGCUGCCCUGUUGGAGGGGACCCUCUUCCCAUGCUGCAGGGCAGAGUUUUUUUAAAAAAAAUUGCAUUUCUGCAGAGGACCGACUUGGGAGAGGUUGCCUCUUCCUGCCCCGUCAGGGGAAGAUUUGACAGGGCCAGCCAACCAGUGAGGUUGUCUUAACUGCUUCUGGGCUGCGAGAUUGUCCCUUAUAGCAGGAUUUCAGCACCUUCGGCAGGAACUGUGCAAAAAAAAACUGCACUGACAAGCAGAAACUCCUGGCUCAAAACAGCAACUCAACAACUCCUUCCCAACACGCAAGAUCGAGCAGCCAAAUAGACAAACCAAAUCGCUGCUGGCAAAUUGUCCAGCAGUUCGCAAGCCGGUUAGAAAUAGUUUGUUGUCAGUAGGAGGAAACAAAAAUCUUGAAGGAAGACAGUUAUGGAUUCCAACAAUACAGGUGGAGUGAUCACCUAUAUUGGACCAAACAGUACCUCUUCGAGUCCAGUACUGCUGUACAGUGAUAACUCCAAUAGUAGUUUCCAGUCUGUGUCCCAGUCAUGUUCCCCUUUACCACCGUCACCCAACAGCUCUGGCUCCCAGGAUGGCAAACACUACAGAAGUAACUCAUCAGGAUCCGGAGAGGAUUGUCCAACCACUGGGCCCUUCAGCAACCUGAAGCUUUCCACAGAUGAUGGAAACGCCAUUUCCACCACAAAGAGUAGCUCUGGAAUCACCAAAAUCAGUGGAAUGAUUCUGCUGUGUAAAGUGUGUGGGGAUGUAGCCUCUGGUUUCCACUAUGGAGUGCAUGCCUGUGAAGGUUGCAAGGGCUUCUUCAGGAGGAGCAUUCAGCAGAAUAUCCAGUACAAGAAGUGCCUCAAGAACGAGAACUGCACCAUCAUGCGAAUCAACAGGAAUCGUUGUCAGCAAUGCCGCUUUAAGAAGUGUCUUGCUGUCGGCAUGUCCAGAGAUGCGGUGCGUUUUGGGCGCAUUCCAAAGCGAGAGAAGCAGCGAAUGUUGGCGGAAAUGCAAAGUGCCAUGAAUAAUAUGGUGAACAACCAGCUGAAUGGAGAGCUACAGAAUGAAAUCCAGCCCCAGCAGCAAAACUGGCAACACCAGCCUCCUCUGGCUGCUCCUGUUCAACCACCACAGCAGGAGCGAUCUUCCCCCAGCCUCCAUCCCCAGCAGCAACACAGCUCACAGCAGUUAUACUGUCCCAGCACUGAAGCCUCCAUGGAAGAAGUCAUCUACUCCAUUUCCAGGGCACACAAAGAGACCUUUACCUAUGCCCAUGACAAGUUAAAGCAAACGACUGCAGCCUGCCGACACAACAUCGAGUUGAUGAACCACAAUGCCAACUGCUGCCUGAAUGGGUACCACAUCAAUGGAAUGAACACCAUCUAUCAUCAGGAGAACAACAUCUUCCACAAAACCAAUAACAGUGGACUGAAGAACAUGUGUUAUCCACCUUCCUUCUCAAACGGACACACUAAUGGACACAUCAGUGGACACUACCAAAAUCAGACCAAUGGACACAAAUUACACACUAGGAACUCGUACAGUGCCAAUGGCGAGAUAGAGACUGACAAUGGGAGGACCUGCCCAUGGAAAGGAACAAGCAGCGUCAUUCUGGCCUGCCCAAUGAACAUACGGCCACAUGUAGAAGGCAAUCGAUCAGUACAACAGAUCUGGGAGGAUUUUUCCUUGAGUUUCACACCGGCUGUCAAAGAAGUAGUCGAGUUUGCAAAACUUAUUCCAGGUUUCAAGGACCUGUCCCAGCACGACCAGGUCAUUCUGCUGAAAGCUGGAACUUUUGAGGUCCUGAUGGUGAGGUUUGCAUCGCUGUUCAACAUGAAGGAGCAGACCGUCACUUUUAUCAGUGGCACCACGUACUCCAUUGAAGAGCUGCGGGGCAUGAGGAUGGGAGACCUGCUCAACUCCAUGUUUGACUUCAGUGAGAAACUGAGCUCCUUGCACCUCAGUGAGGAAGAGCUGGGUCUGUUCACCGCUGUUGUACUUGUGUCUGCAGAUCGUUCCGGAAUCGAGAACAUCAACUCAGUAGAGCAGCUCCAAGAGACACUAAUCCGGGUCCUCAGAGCGCUGAUAAUGAAGAAUUAUCCCAACGAGGCCUCUCGCUUCACCAAACUGCUCUUGAAACUGCCAGACCUCCGCACUUUGAACAACAUGCACUCGGAAAAGCUGCUGGCCUUCCGGAUAGACCCCUGAGGUUUCCCGUCAAACCAUAGCCACGUCAGACUUAUCUCCGUUACAUUUUUAAAGCAUUUUUUUUUAAUUUAUAUUUCGAUAAACGUUCGGGUGACACGUUGCAGAGCAUCUUGUAAAUACGUGUAUAUUUCAGCUGUCAAGGGAGUGUAAUAUAUUCUUAUAAGGAAUGUUCUACAAAUCAAUAUAUUUAAAAUGUCCUUUGGGACCUAGGAUAUGUCUGCAUACCUGAGCUUGAUGGUAGAACUAGCUGUGAGGUUAUCUGCUUGCUGAUUUGGAGUAAUGUAUAAAAUGCAAUCGAAGAUCUGUGCACCCUGAACAGUGAGCAGGCAAUGAUCUGCAAUACCCUCUGAUCUGUUGCCUCUCCCCCAUGCCCUCCUUGAUUAAUUACCAGUCUGCAUUUCAGUGUCAGAAUCCACAGCAAAUCCCAGCAUUGUACUCUCAUUGAACAUGAGCAUCGUGUUACCAGUCUAACCAGAGUGACACCAUUCUUGAAGCUUCAGCCUGACCAAGGUAGAAGGCAAAAGACCAAGAGUGACUUGCAGCCAUAUUUAGCUUCAGCACCAGAGGAAAGCAGCUGAAGCCCAUCUCACCAGCUACAUUUUUAUUUGUUAAACAGAAAUAACAUUUCAUCUUCUGACUCUUCCUGAAGUCUCAAACUGCUCCAGACAUUUCACAGGAAACAAUGAGAUGAUCAGACUCGAGUCACCAUGUCUCUUGAAGCUUGUGUUCAAACGACAGGAUUUGUUUGUGAGGAAGUUGCUGCAUGUUUGUGGUUUACAUAUUUAAGAUCUCUACUGAAGAUUCAACAGAUCAGCUGUCUAAAACCCCCCACCCCUCCCCCCACCCCGUGAGCUAACAAGACAAGAAGACCCCAGACUCCACCCCAUCCCUGGUCUCCUGAGUCAGUUGGUGCAGUGGCAGAGACGAUUACAACUGGCUUCAGUAUCCUGGGCUUGGGAGGUGGGAGUGGGAUGUUCUCUACUGACAGAGAAAGGACACUUAGAGUGAAACACUGAAGGGGCUUCUGGUGCCCAUGGAAUUAUCUCUCAGCACCUUUAGGGGAGGAGGUGCAUGAAAGCUGAAAUGUUUCAAAUUUAAAACAACAACAAUAAACCUGUGUGGCCGUUGCAGGGCAGAACCUGCUCUCAAUAAAUAAAUUUACUGCAUCUGUCUCAAUAUAGUUCAAUAAUUGAUGUGUAUGUGAAUCCAGAUGAAUUCAUUAACAAUUUCUAAAAAUAAAAUAACGAAUGCACUGAGUUAAAUA